UUUUUUUAUAAGUUUUAGGUUUUACCGUCUUAUCUUCGUUAGCUGCCGAAACUUCUUACCAUUGCUUGCAAGACGAGGCAAAUAGUUGGCGGUGUUAAGAAUUUGAUUGAAAAACAUGGCGCAUUUUAUGAAACCAGAGAAUGCGUUGAAGCGAGCAGAAGAGUUGAUUAAUGUGGGGCAGAAGCAAGAUGCAUUGCAGGCACUUCACAAUGUAAUAACUUCAAAGAGGCACAGAGCUUGGCAGAAGUCGCUUGAAAAGAUAAUGUUCAAAUAUGUAGAACUGUGUGUUGACAUGCGGAAUGGCCGGUUUGCCAAAGAUGGUCUGAUUCAAUAUCGGAUCGUAUGUCAACAAGUGAACGUUAGUUCUUUGGAGGAGGUUAUCAAGCACUUCAUGCAUCUUUCUACUGAGAAAGCCGAGCAGGCUCGUAGUCAUGCACAAGCCCUAGAAGAAGCUCUUGAUGUUGAUGAUCUUGAAGCUGAUAAAAGGCCAGAAGACUUGAUGCUAAGUUACGUCAGUGGAGAGAAAGGAAAGGACAGGUCUGAUCGUGAACUUGUUACUCCUUGGUUCAAGUUUCUUUGGGAGACGUAUAGAACGGUGCUUGAAAUAUUACGGAACAAUUCUAAGUUGGAAGCACUCUAUUCGAUGACUGCACAUCGCGCAUUCCAGUUCUGCAAGCAGUAUAAGCGAACAACAGAGUUCCGAAGGUUAUGUGAGAUUAUAAGGAAUCAUUUAGCAAAUCUGAAUAAAUAUAAAGACCAGAGGGACAGACCUGACCUAUCUGCACCAGAGAGCUUGCAAUUGUAUCUUGAUACAAGAUUUGAGCAGCUAAAAAUUGCUACUGAGCUUGGACUUUGGCAGGAAGCUUUUCGUUCUGUUGAAGAUAUUCAUGGAUUGAUGUUUAUUGUCAAGAAAACUCCCAAGGCUUCGUUGAUGGGGGUUUAUUAUGCCAAGUUAACUGAAAUAUUCCGGAUUUCAGGCAGCCAUCUUUAUCAUGCUUAUGUGUGGUUCAAGCUAUUUUCACUUCAAAAAAGCUUUAAUAAAAACUUAAGUCAGAAGGAUUUGCAGUUGAUAGCUUCAUCAGUUGUUUUGGCUGCACUGUCAGUGACUCCUUAUGAUCAAAUGCUUGGUGCAUCACACUUGGAACUUGAAAAUGCUAAAGAGCGCAACCUCCGAAUGGCAAAUCUUAUAGGAUUUAAUCUUGAUUCUAAACUUGAGAAUAGAGAAGUGUUUUCAAGGUCAUCACUUCUUACAGAACUGGUCUCUAAAGGUGUACUUAGUUGUGCAACUCAAGAAGUUAAAGAUCUUUACCAUCUUUUGGAACAUGAAUUUCUCUCUCUGGAUGUAGCAUUAAAGACACAGCCUCUGUUGAUGAAAAUAUCAAAACUGGGUGGAAAACUGGCUUCAGCUUCAUCUAUUCCAGAAGUUCAGCUCUCUCAUUAUGUUCCAACGCUUGAAAAGCUUGCUACCCUUAGGUUGCUUAAGCAGGUGUCUCAGGUUUACCAGACAAUGAAAAUUGAAAGUUUGUCUCAAGUUAUCCCCUUUUUUGAUUUUUCAAUGGUUGAAAAAAUUUCUGUUGAUGCUGUGAAACAUAAAUUCAUAGCCUUGAAAGUUGACCACAUGAAGGGUGUUCUACUAUUUGGUAGUAUGGGUCUUGAAUCUGACAAGUUUCGUGAUCACCUGACUCUUCUUGCUGAGUCUUUGAGUAAAGCUAGAGCCAUGAUAUACCCUUCUACCAAGAAAGCGUCAAAGUUGAGUGAAGUUUUACCAGGUUUAGGGGAGAUUGUAGAUAAAGAACACAAAAGGCUUCUGGCUAGGAAAUCAAUUAUCGAGAAAAGAAAGGAAGAACAAGAACGUCAACUAUUAGAAAUGGAACGUGCGGAGGAGUCGAAGAGGCAGAUGUUGCAAAAGAAAACUGAAGAAGUUGAAAAAAAGAGACUUGCUGCUAUGUUUGAGCAACAGCGAGCUGAAAGAAUCCGUAAGGAAAUCGAAGAGCGAGAGCUUGAAGAGGCACAGGCACUGCUACAGGAAACUGAAAAGCAUUUGAAAAGAGGGAAAAAGAAACCAAUUUUAGAUGGGGAGAAAUUGACGAAACAAACCUUGAUUGAGCGGGCAAUGACCGAGCAGCUCAAGGAGAGGCAGGAGCAGGAGAAGAGACUGCAAAAAGUUGCCAAAAUAAUGGACCAUCUGGAAAGGGCAAAGAGAGAGGAGGCAACACCCUUGAUUGAAGCUGCUUUUCAACGACGAUUGGUAGAAGAGAAGGCACUUCAUGAACAUGAGCAACAGAUGGAAGUUGAGUUGAGCAGACAGCGCCAUGAUGGGGACUUGAAAGAGAAGAAUAGAUUGGCACGCAUGUUAGAAAAGAAGAUGAUAUUCCAGGAAAGAGUAAUCAAUCGUCGGCAAGCUGAGUUUGACCAGCGUAGAGCGGAGAGAGAAGAGAAAAUCAAACAAAUCAUUCUGGCCCGCAAGCAAGAAAGAGAUAUUAAGAGAAAGAAAAUAUUCUAUGUGAGGUCUGAAGAGGAGAGAAUAAGAAAGCUGCGUGAAGAGGAGGAAGCUCUAAAACGCGAAGAAGCUGAGAGACGAAGGAAAGAAGAAGCUGAGCGCAGAGCAAAAUUGGAUGAGAUAGCCGAAAAGCAGAGACAAAGAGAACGAGAACUGGAAGAGAAAGAGAAGCUGAGGCGAGAAGCACUCUUAGGAAAGUCAAAUGAGGGGCUUUCUAGGCCUUCUGAGCUUCCUGCCAGGUCCUCUACUGAGCCUGGAGUUGCUGCUUCUGCCCCAUCUUCUGGGAAAUAUGUUCCUAGGUUCCGUCGAGAAAAAACUGAAAGCUCCAGUCCAGCUCCACCUUCAGAACCUGAUCGCUGGACCAGGCCUGCACUCUCAGAAUCUGAUCGACGCCCUCCUGGAAGCAGGGCCCCUCCAUCACAAUCUGAUCGUUGGACUAGUGGCAGCAGUGUUCCACCUCCGGAUUCUGAUCAUUUUGGCAGUGGUGGUAGCAGGGGCUUACCUCCAGAUUCAAAUCGUCCGGGUGGUGCUGGUAAUACUGGCAAACCAGAACCUUGGCGGCCUUCAAGAUCCAGGAAUCAACGAGGUUGAUCCAACUUCUCUGAAAUAAAAAAUUUGCGCGAAAUUAUAUAUGGUUGGAGGUGACACUUGAGAACUCUAGCUUAUUUAUUUGUUGUUUAAUAAGACUUGGGUGGAUUCCUAGUUUUGGUGAGGCUGCUGGUGAGGAAUAUCAACUUCUGUAGAACCUCUCGAGUCUUGUUAAUAAUGGCGAAUUUUGUUUCUAAACUUUCUUU